AUGCAUGUUGGUGGAAGACUUCAGAAGUCAAGACUUUCUUACCUUCAAAGACACGCAAUUAGUAUGCCCUCAAAACAUCACUUUGUGAAUUUAUUAGUGUGGGAUGCACACAGCAAAGUGUUUCACGGUGGAAUUUCUGAAACUUUGAUAGAAAUACGCGAAAGAUACUGGAUAAUUAAAGGAAGACAAACUGUUAAAAAUAUCUUAAGAAAAUGUAUUCUGUGUAAACGAUUUAAUUCUUCUCCUGGUGUGCAAGUUACUGCUCCUUUACCAGUAAAUAGAACAGAAGAAUUACCUCCUUUUUCUGUAGUAGGUAUAGAUUUCGGUGGACCACUUUAUACCAAAGACAGUGAUGAGAAAAAUUACAUCGUGUUGUUUACUUGUGGAGUAACGCGAGCUCUUCAUUUAGAGUUUGUUGGUAGCAUGACCACAGAAACAUUUCUUCUUGCUUUUCGACGAUUCAUUGCUCGUCGAGGUCUAUGUUCUCAAGUUUUGACGGACAAUGCCAAAACUUUCAAACGAUCAGAACUUGAACUUAAAAAUAUGUGGACUGUCAUUAGUCAUCCAACAGUAAAAGACUUUUACGCCUCCCACAAAAUCCAAUGGUGCUACAUCGCUGAGAAAGCUGCGUGGUGGGGUGGCUUCUAUGAAAGACUAAUUAAAUCUGUAAAACUUGCUUUACGAAAAUCUCUCAGAAAAACUACUUUAUCUCGAGACGAGUUAGAAACUCUAAUUAUUGAAAUUGAAGGUGUUCUUAACUCUCGUCCUUUAACUUAUGUUUAUUCUGAAUUACAGGAACCUAUGCCUCUAACUCCAGCUCAUAUGCUAUUGGGGCGCAGGGUGAAUAGUAAAAUUACUGAAUUUAAAGUUAAUGAUAUUGUAUUAAUUCAUGAUGAAAAGCUACCUAGACAUUUUUGGAAAUUAGGAAGAGUUGUAACAGUAUUUCCUGGCAGAGAUGGAAAA